GAAAAAUCUUUAUUAGGAAUAAUCGAUCACAGGUUAGCUUUGUUGACGUGUUGUUUCGUCGUGAGAAAAGACAAUGACAGUUCUUCCCACGACCUCAACUUCACCAGAAGUGCCCGGUUCACCCACUACAGUGAAGACUGAAGAUAAAGAGGCACAACAAGAAGAGGACCAAGCACCAGAGCGACCCUCACCAGUGCAACUUUCACCUUCAGUGGUAGUUUCCAGCCUCAAAGAAUUGGAGAUAUCCGACCGCUUUCUGAACUUUCUCACUGAAGUGGAGCAACAGGAACUAGCAGCAUAUGCAGCAAGUCUUGACGAGAAACCUGUUGAUUAUGGAGUAGGCGGAAAAGGAAAUGUUGAGGACGAGGACUUGGACUCAGACGGAGAGGCAUCUACAUUUUUAGAACCAGGAAGAGGAGACAUAAGGUCAUCUUCAUCGCGCUCCUCUACUGAGGAGGAAUCCAAAAAGAAGCCGUUUAGGUCGUCGUCGGGAACCACUUUCACGGAGCUGUGGGGUAUUUUCCAUCAAUCGUUUCUAAUCGUCCUGUGACCUUAAAAAUAAGGAACAACAACAACAUCUUCUGUGUACGUGAGUCCAAAAAACAACAAGAACAUCUGUGUACUUGAGUCCAACAAGAAACAAUAAUUUCAUCAAACUAAGUAUGUGUACUUGAGUCCAAAAAACAAUAAUUUCAAACUAACACACAUCAACAACAACAAGGUGGUUCAAUCGAAGGGGAAAUAUUAGACAUUGCGAAUAGUCUAGACGACGAUGGCGAAGGUAUUUUUGCGGGUAUGCUGGAAUGCUGUUCGCGCAUCCGCGAAUUGAAGAGUCGGAUGUACGACGUAUCCUCAUCUGCGGGAGGCGAAGUAAAUGAAUCAGGUGGAUCAUCAAAUGAAGUUGAAACAUCAACAUCUUCUGAUGCUCCAAGCAGGAAAAGAAGUUUCCCAGCAAGGAAAAUGAAGAACGCUGAACAACAGGGUUCUUUGAAUUCGAGGCCCCCUGGAGUUGGAGCAAGUCGCGACAAUAUUAGAAGUAGUGCGUCUUCGACGAGUGCUAGUAGCGGCAAAAACAAGAUACUUUCCUCGUCGACUAAUAGAGGGGUGAUCACAAGAACUCCAGCAAGCAGUGCAGCAACAGGAACAGCCAAGACCACGAUGACUGGAGCCACUGUCAAUGAUCCGUCGCCAUACAAGCAGAAGAUGAGCGCUGUGUUGACCACAUCUGCUUCGCCGCGUAAGCGAAGAACACGACCAGCCCGAAUAGAUUUGGAAAGCUACAGAAGGGAGAUGGAAAAGCAGAAAGAGGAAUUGAGGCGUAAAUACGUGACCACGACCACUAGCGAAGGACAAGAACGAGAAGAAGCAAAACCACUCUUGUUCCAAGGUUUCGACGAUGAAGUCCAUCUUCAAUCUUCUGCUAAAAAGAUGGCGAUUUCAACUCAAUUGCUAGAGAGCACACGGAAAGAAAUCGACAGCAUCAUCCGUCCUUCACUCGGCGAAGCGGCUUCAACUCUGGAAUCACCAGCUGAAACGUUAAGGCUAGAUACUCAGUUCAUCAAAAAUGAUCUAGUUUUCAUAUUAUGGGUCACGCACAGUUAAAGUUACCGUUGGCUUUCCACACGACGUACUGUUAGUACUUUUGGUUGCCCACCUGCUACUUCUAAUCUCCUUGCCACCAGCGAACACCACCCUCGCUGGAAGGGGUAGCAGUUCCAGCAGUCUUACGGGAAGCAGUUCAUCUAGUUUGUCUAUGCGUCGUGUCGCUUCUUCGGUGAAGAUGUUGUUUGAAGUGGAUGACGUAUUGCCUCCACGUAACCCUCCGCCUCCGCAACUGCAGCACUUAGCGAGCAAGAAACGUCCUUCUAGAAUCGACGCUCCAUCCUCGGUUGUGUCAACACGUGCCAGCACGAAAGAGCUUCACCCGAUUGUUCCUGAGAUGAGAUUACUGUUAAGCUAGUGCUUUGUUUACUGCUUAACAGACACUGUCCGACUUUGUAUUUUCCAUUUUGUAAAAAAAAAUCUGUUCUUGUGAUUGAACUACUCCUAGUCAGUGCUCUUAUCAACAAGAUACAUACUCAAAAUCAUAGUGCGACCUGCUUCUUAAAUCAGUUUUGAUACGCAAUGUCAUUCUUCAGUAUGAGAAACACAUUGGUGCAUACGACUUCUACAUGGCAUAGAGAUUCAUAUUCCUCUUCAGUGUACGUCACGAAGAGCAACCUACUACAUACAACAAAUUGUAUCUACGUAUAACAUGCUCCUGAAGUAAAUAUGUGGUUAUCACAAUUCUUCGUAUAAUUCGACGACACGCGUUGUACAACGAAACCAAGCUAACACAUCAUUCUUUCACAAGUAUAUCCUACUUCUACAUCCUUCUAUUCUACACAUUAUAAUUUUGAAACUUCACAUUCACAUAUCAAAAAUGUCCCUUAAAUUUGUUUUGUCCUCUUGUCCACAACUCCCAUACUGAUCUUCAAAUUUUUACUUCUCUCACAUUCACAUAUAGUACAAGAAUUAGACAUAAAAACAACAACAUCAAGUCCAUUCUCCAACACACGACUGGAGAAACCUAUCGCUCUCUGACUACAGCUUUUUAUUUGGAUGAUUCAUCGAGAAGAUCUUCUACUUGAAGCAGAAUCCACAAGACAGAAAUAGG